CCCAUCCUUUUUGGAGUGCAGGAGGGAAAGGCGUGGGGGGGAGGGGGGAGUAUGUGAUCAUCGGGUGCAGGGAGCAGCGAGGGACACUAAGGACAGUACCAGUGCCACCUCUUCACCGCUGACACCAUAUCCUCUCAGUUGACACUAUCCUAGGAGUUUGGAGAGACAACAUCAUCAUGAAGGCGGUGGUGUGUCUCGUGGUGGUGAUUUUGGUUUACCUGGCCGGCUUCGGUCAUGCUAGUGUUAUCAAGGGUAAGGUUUCCUUCUCUAAUGUGCCAACCCAGGUGCAAGAGGUCAAGCAGGUGGAAGAAGAGCAACAAGGCGACGGAGAUGACCUGAUCAAAGACCCUGAUUGGGUGCCAACCGCUGAAGACUACCAUUACGAAGACGAGGACGAAGACGAGGACGAGCUGUGGGAUUAUGCUGACGACCCCGAAUGGCAGCCUGAGUACGAGGACGAGGACGAGGACGAGCUGUGGAGCUCUGACGACGACCCUGACUGGCAGCCCGAGGACGAGGACGAGCUGUGGAGCUCUGACGACGACCCUGACUGGCAGCCCGAGGGCGAGGACAAGGGCGAGAUCAAGAACAUAGUCGGGUAUAAGCAGUACCAAUACGGCAAUAAGGGGGUAGACGUGUCGGAACUUUCUCAUGGCGUGGAGCCCCUGGGUGGUGGUGGCCAGCACGUGGACUUGAGCACCGGAGUGGAGCCAGAGAGAGGUGAUGACGAUGACUUCUCCUUAGGUGAUUGGUUGGAACAUCAGUGGGGACAUGUUUCAGACACAGCGGAAAGCGUCGGUGACAAGAUCUCAGACGUAGCGGACAAUGUUUUCGACGCCGCCUCACACGUCGCUGGCACCGCUCACGACGUAGCCUCACACACCAUCGACAAAAUACAGGACGCGGCGGAGUCGGUAGGAGAGCACGUUGUGACAGCAUACCACCACGCCCGGGAGAGUGUGCCACGUCUUAAGACUUAUAUUGCCUCGGCUUUCUCCAAGUUCGGUUUACUGAUACAACAGGGCCUCCACUACUGCUUCCAGAGACUCACCCACACCUACGACCAGGUACGAGGGUCGGAGGUCCUGGACAAACUGCAACAGAAGUUACAGGAAGGCGACGCUCAAGUGGCCGAAUUCUUCCAGCUGGUUGGCCAGAAGAUGGAGACUUGGAGUCAGCAACAAGUACCCGAGAACGUGGAUGAAGGACUGAUCAUCCAUCACAACCAGCUGGAGCAGGAGGGCCACAAUCACCAGCAGGAAGGAGGCCAUCAACAGAGUGGCCACACAGAACAACUUGUACCCGAUCUGUUCCAGGAUGAGGAGAUUCGCAUACAUUUGAGCAAAUUGGUGGAGGUGGGCGUGUUAGCUCAAGAUGACCUAGUGGUCUUCUCACAGCAAGAGCAACAACAGGAACAGCACGAGCCAGCGGUCAAGUCACGCAGUUAAGCAGACGUCAGUGUAAGGAAUGAGGGAGAGAAACGCAAACUGAACCAAACAUUUGCCUUCUUGUCUAUUACUCUAAUUAUAUUUUUAUUUCAACUCUUUGUCUUUUCUUCUCUUACUCCAUCCUUCUCUUUUCUUUUAAUUUUUCCUUUCUUUCUCUUCUCCUAUUUUAAAUCUCUGCCAAUUUUUCUCAUACUUAUCUCACCCAAUUUCACCUAUGAGUAAUCUAGCCACCCAAUUUUCCCUUGUCACUAAUUCACCUUAUUAUGUUAACCAAUUUCAUCGGGAACCCUCCAUAUGCUUCCAAAACAAUGUCAAGAUUUAUUGAAUAUUUACCUGUGUAGUAUGACAUUGUACUUGUUCUGGUAUAGUUUAUGACAUUGUACUUGUCCUGGUAUAGUUAAUGACAUUGUACUUGUCCUGGUAUAGUUUAUGACAUUGUACUUGUCCUGGUAUAGUGUAUGACAUUGUACUUGUCCUGGUAUAGUUAAUGACAUUGUACUUGUCCUGGUAUAGUUUAUGACAUUGUACUUGUCCUGGUAUAGUGUAUGACAUUGUACUUGUCCUGGUAUAGUGUAUGACAUUGUACUUGUCCUGGUAUAGUGUAUGACAUCGUACAUAUCCUGGUAUAGUUAAUGACAUUGUACUUGUCCUGGUAUAGUGUAUGACAUUGUACUUGUCCUGGUAUAGUUAAUGACAUUGUACUUGUCCUGGUAUAGUGUAUGACAUUGUACAUGUCCUGGCAUAGUUUGACAGUGUAAUUGUACUGAUUAAUGUAGGAUAAUUUAUGAAAAAAAUAUGAAUAAAAAUAUUACCAUGUAAAAUUAAAGUAACAAAAACAGGUAAUGCUUUAUUUAAAAUUUAUUUUUCCCCGUUGUCGGUCGAUGGCCUGUGGUCGGGUGGGCUAUUCCCCGCAAAAAACAACAACAAAAUAAAGUAGUUUUAUUCCCCCUA